AGUAGACAACUCAGAAACCAGAUCCCUUUUUCUCUUUCGUCGUCUCCUCAAUUUCUCAGGCCGCCAUUUUCACCAAAUUUCAAGCUUUUUUCUCUUCUGGGUUUCGACCGAUCUAACUUAAGAAAUAUGAGUAACGAGGGAGGAGUGCCAAGUGGUGAAGUAGUUAACAAAAAUCUCACAAGGGUAACUCCCCGUUUGAAUCAAAGGAUUCUUUCUACUUUGUCCAGGAGAUCAGUUGCUGCUCAUCCAUGGCAUGAUCUUGAGAUUGGACCUGGAGCUCCACAAGUUGUUAAUUGUGUGAUUGAGAUUCCAAAAGGAAGCAAAGUCAAGUAUGAGCUUGAUAAGAAGACAGGGUUGAUUAAGGUUGAUCGUGUGCUGUAUUCGUCGGUGGUUUAUCCUCACAACUAUGGCUUUAUUCCGCGAACAUUGUGCGAAGAUAAUGAUCCUUUGGACUGUUUGGUCCUCAUGCAGGAACCAGUUCAACCUGGUUGUUUUCUUCGAGCCAGGGCCAUCGGAUUGAUGCCCAUGAUUGAUCAAGGAGAAAAAGAUGAUAAGAUCAUUGCUGUUUGUGCUGAUGAUCCUGAAUAUCGCCAUUACACUGACAUCUCGCAGCUUGCUCCCCAUCGUCUGGCUGAAAUUCGUCGUUUCUUUGAAGACUACAAGAAGAAUGAGAACAAAGAAGUUGCUGUCGACGAUUUCCUGCCUUCGACUACUGCUCAUGAAGCCAUCCAGUACUCCAUGGAUCUUUAUGCUGAGUACAUCAUGCAAACCUUGAGAAGAUAGGUUAAUGAUGGUGAAAAUGUUCUUACAAUGAUAAAUUUGAAGGAUGAAAUUUUCUAAUUUUGUUUUGGUUUUUCAAAUAAUUCUGAGAUGUAGCCAAAUUUAUAAACUUUGGGACAUGGCCAUUAUCCAUUUUCAUUUUCAAGUUAUUAAUGAAUUUUCUUUUGUAACCAGCAUUUUUUUUUAUGAGUAAUCUCCUUUAUAAUAUUUAUGGUUCUAUUUCUUCCCAAUGUAAGGAUUUUCUUUUUAAAUGUUAAAUUUGUAUUAUUAAUAAUAUUUGUUUUUUGUUUUUGUUUAAA